CGAGAAACAUAGUUCUUGUGCCGGUAAAGCUAGCUCUCCCGUAAGGCUGUCAGCGUAGGGCCAGCUCCGGUGCAAGCUGGGCGUGCUGGAGACAUCUCGGAGGGCACGCAGCGAGGUCUGCACAGGAGCAUGACAUUACGAGUCUUGCUUGUGUUCAUCCCACUGCUUAGCGAUGCACUGAUUCAAGGCAGAAACAAUAAACCCGUGUACUUUGCUACGACUCUGCCAAGCUAACAUCUCAGCCAUGAUCCUGGGGAUCGGCAGCAGCUGAGCUGCAGGCAUCAUUCCUGGCAUAGGCUGCGUAGCAACGGAUAGCCCUGCUCCAUGUGCACAUCGCUCGUCUACAAACAAUAGACAUAGCACUCAAGAUGAGAAAUGACCCACGAUCGAGCUCCAGCUGGAGUCGUGGCAUCCAACCGACACCCACAAAUGCGAACUUCGAACCAGCUUCGUCCAUCACGACUGUAACUGCUGGAGCACGCCCAGUUGGCCCUCGCAAUCCAACGAGCCAGCGUUUCUUCGAGCAUUCCUCUGCCAACAGAGUCAAUACCGACGCCGUCAUCGUAGAAAGCAUCCGAGCCGAGUACCCAGAGCUUCAUCUCGCUGUCGUCCCAAGAGGAGGCUGCAACAUUCUUGGUUAUGCUGCUGCUGGGCACGCAGGAGUCUUACCACUCGGCAAUGCCAAAGAUCGCCUUUCAUGGCGCCUAUAUGUGCCCCCAGCUUCACGCUUGAAUGGCAAAGGCUACACGGGCGACUCAGUAAAAUUUGGCAAAUACUUGGUAGAUUGGAGGAACAAAGAGUUCAUCGUCUACCUUGUAGACGGAAGAGAUGGAACAGGGUCAUAUCCAGAUGUCGUGAAUCAGUAUAUCUUGUCGGCGUCUGUGGAGGCAACAAACACGCUCGUGCUCGAAGCUGGGAACUGGGGAAACACUCUGCACAACGAGAUAUGGGUGUUCGAUGGUGGCUAUUGGCAGAAGAGCGCGGAGCUAUUCAACAGCGUGCAGAAAGCGAGCUGGGAUGAUGUGAUCCUAGACCCGAACAUGAAGAAAGCUAUACGAGAUGAUGUGGAGAACUUCUACGACAGUCGUGGCACAUACGAACGACUGAAGGUGCCAUGGAAGCGUGGAAUCAUCUACUAUGGACCCCCCGGGAAUGGUAAAACGAUUAGUGUCAAGGCACUCAUGAACACACUCUACAAACGGGAGGAUUCGGUCCCCACUCUCUACGUGAAGACACUUUCGAGCUUCGCUGGCCCAGAGUACAGCAUCGCCCAGAUUUUCGAUCUGGCCAGAAGGACCGCACCAUGUUUACUUGUGUUUGAAGACUUGGACUCCAUAGUGACUGACUCUGUGCGGUCCUACUUUCUCAAUGCCGUAGACGGUAUUCAAAAGAACGAUGGCAUUCUCAUGAUCGGAUCUACAAACCAUCUCGAUCGACUAGACCCAGGAAUCGCUAAAAGACCUUCUCGAUUCGACCGCAAGUAUCUGUUUCCGAACCCGAACGAGAAAGAACGUGUAGCAUACAUGAAAUACUGGCAGUCCAAGCUAUCCGACAACGAAGACGUCGAUUUUCCCGACAAGCUCUGUACCGCGGUGGCCAAGAUUACCCAAGGUUUCUCCUUUGCUUACAUGCAAGAGGCCAUGGUAGCCAGUCUGCUUGCCAUUGCGAGGGACGCGGAUGCUUUCAGCGAAAUGAUUUGCCUGGAAUGCCUCGAAGCGCACGAUCGGCCUAGUAAUGGGCGGACAUGUGAGAAUGAAAGUAUUCGGCCGUUCAAGGGACUUUACGACUAUGUUUGGCUCGUGCGGCAAAUGGAUGAGCAAGACCCUGAUCUGGACAAUAAUGUGCUUUGGCGCGAGAUCAAGAAGCAGGUUCGAAUACUCCGUGAGGAGAUGGGAGAGGAGAAAGGUGCAAGAAGAACCUGAUGUUAGCAGCAGAGAUGGGUGUCCUAGACAGCACAGUCAUCUGGUGAUAAUGAACUUAUGACAAUCAAGAAGAGCG